AUGGCUGAUAAAUUUCCAGAAAUAGACACACCUACUGCAGGUGGUGAUGAUGAGUACGAGGGCGAUUUCUUAUCCCGUGAAAAAGAAUUAGUGGGAGACGAAUUUACCACAGAUCAAGAUAAACAAGUGUUUGAAGACGACGAGGAUGAUGAAAUAAAUGAAUUCAAAGAACAAUUCCCUGAAGUCGAUACCAAAGCAGAACCAUCAGGUACCACAGGAGCUGAGGGUUUGAAAGAUGACGAUGACGAUGAUGAUGAAUUUGAAGGAUCCACAUCUUCUAAUGGUGCAGCCAAAGAACUAAAUUUAUCAGAAUCUCAAGCUAUUAAGGAAUGGAAACAACGUCGUGAUUUAGAAAUUGAAGAAAGAGAGAAAUUAAAUUCCAAGAAGAAGGAAGAAAUUAUUGAAAAAGCCAAAUCAACUAUUGAUGAUUUUUAUGAAAAUUACAAUACUAAAAGAGAUAACCAUCAAAAGGAAAUUUUACAGGAACAAGAAAAAUUUAUUAGCAAAAGAGAUGAUUUCUUGAAAAGAGGUACUUUAUGGGAUAGAGUAAAUGAGUUAGUUACUGAAGUGGGUGAAUUACCUGGUGAUGAAAGCAGAGAUAAAACUAGAUUCAAAGAGUUAUUGACCAAAUUGAAAGGCAAAGAAAACGUUCCUGGUGCAGGAGGAUAUCAAGAGUAA